CUGUGUCUCUGUAGAGCUGGAUGUCUGCUCAUUACAUCAGCUUUUUUUAUGGAGAAUUAGAUACCUACUCGCAGGAUCCUCAUGCACCGGUGGGAAUGGCUGAUAACACCAUGGACAUGGACAGUCUGAACAGGAACUUGCCCGAGUGUGGACGAGCGACUCAUCAGGUCUUAGAGAGCACCCCACUGGAUCUGAUCGAGACUGGGAAGGGACUCAAGGUCCAGGCAGAGCGUCCCCAUCUGGUCAGCCUGGGGAGCGGCCGUCUUAGCACAGCUAUCACACUGCUUCCCCUGCCUGAGGGGAGGACCACUUUAGGCCAUGCUGCCAUGGAUAUCAACAUUCAGGGUCCAGGAGUGGCAGCCCAACACUGCUUCAUCGAGAACCGGGCUGGAGUCAUCACUCUUCACCCCUGUGGGAAUCAGUGUUCCAUGGAUGGGAUUCCCAUCUCCAAGCCUGUCCGUCUGUCUCAAGGGUGUAUGCUGUGUUUUGGACAGUCGGCCUUCUUCCGCUUCAAUCACCCCGAGGAGGCUUUCAGAAUGAAAAGCAUGAUGCCAGAGGCAGGACAGAGAAUCCAGGGGAAUAACACACGCCUCACAGACUCGGAGAGCCUGGUCAAUGGGAACCACCAGUCAACGCUGUCGGAAUCUCACCCAGUCCCCCACGAGAGAGUUCGUCCUGAACACAGUGCUAUUGUCAGUUCCAUUGAGAAAGACCUACAGGACAUUAUGGACUCCUUAGCCAUGGAUGAUCCUCAGCCCUCUUCUUCUGAACCCAAGAAACCCCCUGGGCAUCCCAUUCCGCAGUCCCCGCUGUCUCCCAUGCUUAACGGAGGUGGCCGUUACCUGCUGUCUCCCCCAGCAAGCCCAGGUGCCAUGUCUGUUGGCUCCAGCUAUGAGAACAAUUCCCCACCUUUCUCUCCUCUCUCCUCACCCUCAGCAGCCAGCAGUGGGAGCUAUACAAGCCCCUCGCCCAGCGCAUGCCAAGACCAGAGCCCCUCUUUGCCUCCAGUGCCCAUCAGGUCCUCCAGCUACAACUACACCAGCCAGCCGCCUGUACCUCAACCUCGGACUAUACUGCCAAAUUACUCAGGCAGCGCUGGGGCGCCAAAGGUACCCGAGAGCCCCAGACUCCAGAGAAAAGCCCUCCUCGAGGCCCCACCAAGUCCAAAACCAUCUCGGAGGGGUCUGAGUCAAGACAGUGCAAUGGGAAAAGUGCCAGACAGCCCAAGACAGACACACGUAUUGCCAUCAGUGUCCAUAUCUGUCGCUCCUGGAGAUUCUCCAUCUGUCAGUCGCAUAACAGUGCCAGGUAGCCCUAGACUCAACCCUAAAUUCCCCACUUCCUCCUCUUCCUCCUCCCCAUCCAGUCCUAGGACAAAAGCGGCCACCAUCCUGCAGGAGCGCCCGUCCAGCCCCUUCCGCGAGCAACCGCAGCCAGAUCGCUCCCUCACCUCCAGUCCCUCACGUCAGCUCUCUCCUCCCUCGCGAGCUUUCCAGCCGCCACCCCUGGACCCCAUUGUUCACAUCAUUCAAGGUGGGCCCCCGUUUCAGUCGCAGCAGCAGCAAACACGUACACUGCAGCCCCCAGAGAGCCCACGGCUGGCCCGCAGGAACCUGGAGGUCAGCAGUAUGAGAGAACUGCCUCCACUUAGUCCCUCUAUGUCACGCAGAGGGGUACCUGUGCUCCCCGGGUCUCUCCCAGGGACCCUGUCCACAUUGCGAACACCAGAGAACACAUCUAGUAAACUGGUUCCGGAGAGUCCGAGACUUAGGCGCAAGGCUGGCUCUCCCCCCGAGGAGCAGUUCAGUCCGCGUACGGUCCGCGCCCGCAGCCCCUCGCCUACGUCCGGGCUCAUUGGGGAGAGCGGAGGGCGAAAGGGUAGCUUUGGGAGUCCUCUCUCCCCGGCUUUCAGUCUGGGCUCGCUCCCUGGCUCCUCACCCCUGGCCAGUCCCAGGAGCCACAGAAAAAUGUCAGGAGGUCAUAGGGACUUGAGGUUGCCCCACCCAGGCAUGAGGGAGCGCAAGAACAGCAUCACAGAAAUCAGCGAUAACGAGGAUGACCUGUUGGAGUAUCACCGCCGCCAGCGCGAAGAGAGACUCAGAGAACAGGAAAUGGAAAGACUGGAACGGCAACGCCUGGAGACCAUCCUCAAUCUCUGUGCGGAAUAUAACAAGGGUGACGGGCCGGGACAGACACCAGUACUUGGGGCGGGGUUGGAUACCAGCAGGGGGGGCUUCCUAGGGCUCAGCCCAGGGGACGGGGUGGGCAGAAGACCCUCCAUGGACGCUGUGAAUGCUGCCUCACUGCGAGUGGCUCAGAGACAGAGAGAGAGCGAUGAGGAGAACUUGAAGGAGGAGUGCAGCAGCACGGAGAGCACACAUCAGGAGUUGAGGACUCCUCCAGCCCUUCAGAAUGGAGAGAAUGGACAGCAUGAGGACACUGGUUCGGGCAGCGUUAGCCGACUGGAGCUGGGCUAUCUGGAGGAGGAGCGAGUGCGAGUGCUGGCCAGAGUGGAUGAGCUGAAGGGCCGCAUUACCGAAUUGGAGCAGCAACUACAGGAAUCGAAGCAGGAGGCAGAGAUGGAGAGAGCCCUGCUGCAGGGAGAGAGACAGGCGGAACUGGAACAGAUGGAGGCAGAGACAGAAAUCAUUGGUCAGCUGCAGCACAAACUGAACGAGCUGGAGAACGCCAUCCAGAGAGAGAAAGACAAGGGAGACCAUUAUCCAGGAUGGUCCCUGCAGACAUUUUCUGUCUGGUCUUGCCAUCCUCAGGAGAGGGCAAAUGUUGACGCGGAGCGGGAAGCCCUGGAGCGGCUUCAGGACGGAUACAAUGAGUUGAAGAGCCAGCUCCAUAACUGUCCCGAAUCACUGAGGGAGCAGUUACAGGAACAACUCAAAAGGGAGGCUGAGGCUCUGGAGGCAGAGACUAAGCGGUUUGAGGACCUGGAGUUCCAGCAGCUGGAGAAAGAGAGCAGUUUGGAGGAGGAACGCGAGACUAUCAGCCAGCAGCUGCUACAAGAGAGAGCCCAGUACCACAGCAGUGUGGCCCAGAGAAAGGAGAAGGUAGCAGCGUUGGAGACCCAGGCUAAUCAGCUAGGCCUGCAAGCUGCCCAAGAAUGUGAAAGGCUAGCCAAAGACAGAAACCUCACACUGCAGCUGCUCCAGAAGGAAAAAGAAAAACUGGCUGGUUUGGAGAAAAGAUAUCUUAGCCUAACCGGCGGGAGGAAUUUCCCAAAGGGCUCAAGCACGAUAAAAGAGGAGUACCUGAGGCUUUCCGAUGUCUAUAAGAUGUAUGGGAACGAAUGCCAUGAUACACAGCUGCCCAGCUCUGCUCCGCAGUGCCUCAAUCUUGCGCUUGACCCAGCUGUGGCUACUCCUCGUGAGGAAUACGUCACUGUUGGCCAAUUAAACCAGAUGUAUGGGAUGCCGAGGGUUGAGUCCUCCCCUACCUCUCCUGUCCAAUCACUUCAGUCUGCUCUUGCAGAUCCCGCCUUCUCCUGCCUAUCCUCUCCUCAUGGCUCCUCCCUUGCUCUCCCUUUUGAGUGUCAGUCAGACUGGAGUAGGCCCCAGAUCCCCGUUCUGGAUUUAGAGCGGUGGUACCAGGAGCUGAUGGAGGAGGCAGAGCCUCUCUCUUCCAGCCAGCUUUGCCCUCCUCCUCUCCCGGCUAAAGCUUACUCAGCACGCAGGCCCGGGCAGGUGUACCGCUCCAGGCUGGACAGCGAUGCCAGUCAGACGGGACUACGACCCAAAGCAAGCGCAGGGCUGUCUCCUCCGUACAGCACUGCAACACUGGGGCGUAACACUCCAGCUAGGAGCCCCCUAAUGGUCGCCAACAGUACUGGCAGUCUGCCACGUAACCUUGCUGCUACUCUGCAAGACAUCGAGACCAAGAGGCAGCUGGCCCUACAGCAAAAAGAGUCCUUGCCCUCUUCGUUCGAGUUCCCCUCCAUCACGGACAAACCCUCAGGCCAGCAGGUGAUCGAGGAGCAGAGACGACGGCUGGCAGAGCUAAAACAGAAGGCUGCAAUGGAAGCCCAGUGCCAGUGGGAGGCGCUCCGCGGCUCUCAGACGCAGCUCAACAGCCCUUUCCCUCAGGUCGGGCCUCCGCUGGUGCACCACUCAAUCCUGCACCACCAGCCGCCCCCUGCUGGAGAACAGCCAUAUGACACGCUCAGUCUGGAAAGCUCUGACAGCAUGGACACCAGCAUUUCCACUGGCAACAACUCCGCCUGCUCCCCGGACAACAUGUCCAGUGCUAGCGGAAUGGACGCGCUGAAGAUAGAAGAGAUGGAGAAGAUGUUGAAAGAGGCCCAGCUGGAGAAGGCCAGACUUAUUGAAUCCAGAGAGCGAGAGAGUCAAGCCCGGAAACAGAUGCUGGAGGAGGAAAGGAGGAGGCGGGAGGAGGCAGAGAAGCGACUACAGGAGGAGACAGUGCACAGACAGCAGCUUAUAGAGAAGGAGGUGAAGAUGAGGGCAAAGAACUUCUCUCAGGCUCGGCCAAUGACACGGUACCUGCCCAUUCGCAAAGAAGAGUUUGACCUCCGCACCCAUGUUGAGUCAUCAGGACACAACGUUGAGACCUGCUAUCAUAUCAUCCUCACAGAGAAGAUGUGCAAAGGCUACUUGGUCAAAAUGGGCGGCAAAAUCAAGUCUUGGAAAAAACGUUGGUUUGUUUUUGACCGACUUAAAAGGACAUUCUCCUACUAUGUGGAUAAGCAUGAGACAAAGCUAAAAGGAGUCAUCUACUUCCAGGCUAUUGAGGAGGUUUACUACGAUCACUUACGCAGUGCCACAAAGAAAGGAUUUUUCAACCUGAACUUGACAAAUAGUCCCAAUCCCUCGCUGACCUUCUGUGUGAAGACUCAUGACAGACUGUACUACAUGGUGGCCCCCUCAGCGGAGGCCAUGAGGAUAUGGAUGGACGUCAUAGUAACAGGUGCUGAGGGCUACACACAGUUCCUGAACUAAGGAGGACAGCUGUUCAGUGACCACGUCUCAAAGGUCAAGCGGAAACUGUUUCGGCAGGGAGUCUUCAAAUGACUGUGCCCCCCCCCCCCUUUUUUUUUUUUCCUGGGCCAAAAACAACCCCAGAACCUUCCCAUGCUUUCUUUUUUUUUUUUUUUAUUUUGUAACUUUUUUUCUUUUCUUUUCUUUUUUUUAAAUCUUGUAUAUUCAGACACAUCUAUAGCAGGGUUUCUGCACCUACCCGGAUUGAAAAAGGGAGUUCUAGAAGACGGACACAAUCAAUAACCAAAUCUUCACUCUGUCUGCUUAAAACAAACAAACAAAAACAAUAAAAAAAAAAACGCCUUUCCUGGAUGCCAACAAAGAGAUCUCUUACUAGUAGCACCAUGUUGUUUUUGAGUAACAGUUAUUUGUAUUAGCAUUGUUCUUUUCUUCUGACAGGGUAUGUCCUUACUUUAUGUUUUUCACAUAUUACAAUGGGAUAUUGCCAAAUGACACCAA